CCCCAAGCCCACGUGGUUGGAGGUUUCCAGAAGCGUUUCCACUGCCGCGCAGCGCAGCUUCUGGUCGUCCGAGCGCCUGUUUGCUGCCUCGUACUCCCACCACCUAGCCGCCAUGAUAAGCGCCAGCCGAGCUGCGGCAGCCCGUCUCAUCGGAGCUACAGCCUCCCGGAGUACCACAGUCACCCGCCACCAGGAUGGCUGGAAUGGCCUUAGUCAUGAGGCUUUUAGAAUUAUUUCAAGACGAGACUAUGCAUCAGAAGCAAUCAAGGGAGCAGUUGUUGGUAUUGAUUUGGGUACUACCAAUUCCUGUGUGGCAGUUAUGGAAGGUAAACAAGCAAAGGUGCUAGAGAAUGCUGAAGGUGCCAGAACCACCCCUUCAGUUGUGGCCUUUACAGCAGAUGGUGAGCGACUUGUUGGCAUGCCAGCCAAGCGACAGGCUGUCACCAACCCAAACAACACAUUCUAUGCCACCAAGCGUCUCAUUGGCCGGCGAUAUGAUGACCCUGAAGUCCAGAAAGACAUUAAAAAUGUUCCCUUUAAAAUUGUCCGUGCCUCCAAUGGCGAUGCCUGGGUAGAAGCUCAUGGGAAACUCUAUUCUCCAAGUCAGAUUGGAGCAUUUGUGUUGAUGAAGAUGAAAGAGACUGCAGAAAAUUAUUUGGGGCAUACAGCAAAAAAUAGUGUGAUCACAGUCCCAGCUUAUUUUAAUGACUCUCAGAGACAGGCCACUAAGGAUGCUGGCCAGAUAGCUGGACUAAAUGUGCUUCGGGUGAUUAAUGAACCCACGGCUGCUGCUCUAGCCUAUGGUCUAGACAAAUCGGAAGACAAAGUCAUUGCUGUAUAUGAUUUAGGUGGUGGAACUUUUGAUAUUUCUAUCCUGGAAAUUCAGAAAGGGGUAUUUGAGGUGAAGUCCACCAAUGGAGACACUUUCUUAGGUGGAGAAGACUUUGACCAGGCCUUGCUACAACACAUUGUGAAGGAGUUCAAAAGAGAGACUGGGGUUGAUUUGACCAAAGACAACAUGGCACUUCAGAGGGUUCGGGAAGCUGCUGAGAAGGCUAAAUGUGAACUCUCCUCAUCUGUGCAGACUGACAUCAACUUGCCAUAUCUUACAAUGGAUGCUUCUGGACCCAAGCAUUUGAAUAUGAAGCUGACCCGGGCUCAGUUUGAGGGGAUUGUCACUGAGCUGAUCAAGAGGACCAUCGCCCCAUGCCAGAAAGCCAUGCAAGAUGCAGAAGUCAGCAAGAGUGACAUAGGAGAAGUGAUUCUUGUUGGUGGCAUGACUAGAAUGCCCAAGGUAUGGACCCUGUGCAAUCUCUUUGGCCGAGCCCCAAGUAAAGCUGUCAAUCCUGACGAGGCUGUGGCCAUUGGAGCUGCCAUUCAGGGAGGUGUGUUGGCCGGUGAUGUCACAGAUGUGUUGCUCCUGGAUGUCACUCCCCUUUCUCUGGGUAUUGAGACCCUGGGAGGUGUGUUUACCAAACUUAUUAACAGGAAUACCACUAUUCCAACCAAAAAAAGCCAGGUGUUUUCUACAGCUGCUGAUGGUCAGACUCAAGUGGAGAUUAAAGUAUGUCAAGGUGAGAGAGAGAUGGCCGGAGACAAUAAACUUCUUGGACAGUUUACUCUGAUUGGAAUUCCCCCAGCCCCUCGUGGAGUCCCUCAGAUUGAAGUUACAUUUGACAUUGAUGCCAAUGGAAUUGUACAUGUUUCUGCCAAAGAUAAGGGUACAGGACGUGAGCAGCAGAUUGUGAUCCAGUCUUCUGGUGGGCUAAGCAAAGAUGAUAUUGAAAAUAUGGUUAAAAAUGCAGAGAAGUAUGCUGAGGAAGACAGGAGAAAGAAGGAACGAGUUGAAGCGGUUAAUAUGGCUGAAGGAAUCAUUCAUGACACAGAAAGCAAAAUGGAAGAAUUCAAGGACCAAUUGCCUGCUGAUGAGUGCAACAAGCUAAAAGAAGAGAUUUCCAAAAUGAGGGAGCUCCUGGCUCGAAAAGAUAGUGAAACUGGAGAAAACAUAAGGCAAGCAGCAUCUUCCCUUCAGCAAGCGUCAUUGAAGCUCUUCGAAAUGGCAUACAAAAAGAUGGCAUCUGAGCGAGAAGGCUCUGGAAGUUCUGGCACUGGGGAACAAAAGGAAGAUCAAAAGGAGGAGAAACAGUAAUAGCAGUAAACUUUGGAGCCAAAAGGACAAGGUUAUGACGCUUGGGAGUGAAGAGACUUCCUGAGCAGAAAUGGGCAAACUUCAGUCUUCUACUGUGUUUUUGCAGUAUUCUAUAUAUAAUUUCCUUAAUGUGUAAAUUAGUGCUUGUUAGCUAAUGAUCACUUAAUGAGUGAUAAUUCCAACAGUGCAAAGUUCACAAUGUUAUGUCCCUACUCUAUCAUUUUUCAGCUACACAUAAAAGGGGGGAAGAUGAUUUCUUGAUCAUUAGACAACAUUUUUUUGUUCUGAAGUAGCCAUAUUUUCAACGGGUGAAACCAUCUCACACACAAUGAAGGUAGUCCGAGACCUGGAAUGAGACUAUAUGAAGAUGAGAUACUUCAAGUUAGCUGAGUAUUGCUUACCAACCUGUGUGUGUAAAUGAGAUUCUUCAACUGAGGCCUUGCAAGGCAAGCCAGCUGUGCCACAUUCAGAGGUAGAGCAGGGUAAGCUAGAUCAGUGGAAAACUAAGCUAGUUAUUUAUAUUAGGUACAGCUUAUAAAACAAGGUAAUGUCUCCUAAUUUUCGUAAGGCAUACUUUUCUAGCUACCUUCUGGCCUUUGUCUGGCACCUGUAUUCUUGAUUGUUCUUUUUGAUCCAUUCUGGAUUUUUUUAAAAAAUAAAUAUGAAAAGCAUCUC